GCCGGAUACCGCAGACUAACAGCGUGCGCACAGUGUGUGACACAACGCGCCUGUUAGCCGGCAAUCGACAACUUCAUUGCGGCGUCGGUAUCAUCGCAAGUAACAGUGUUGACUUUAUGAUUUUUAUUAGUUUCAAGGGCGCCGCCUAUGACUCUCGUAGAAUUAAUAUUUGAUGACGUUUUGCAUAGGCGAUGCGCCCCCGCGACCUUUGCAAAAAAGUUUUUUGCUGCGUGCGCUCAGUGCCGCCUCGCAUGAAUGAAGCGCGACGUAGACUCGGGCGCGUGUGUCAAGUUCGAAUGAUUGAAGAGUAAUUGACCAAUUAGUCAGUUCCUGCACACACCGAUUGGCGGGAGAUAUCUGGAAAAUAAUACGUUGUAUCCGACGUCGGAAGACUAUGCGUACUUCAUUGAUUGGCGAAAAAUUGUGAGAGAUAUUUCUGAAAUUAUGGAAAGGGCUUAUACGAACGUCCACCAGUUGAAGAUGAUAGGAAGAAAUUCGACGUCGUCUUCAGGUUAAUUUGUCGAAGAGAAUAACCCCAUCGCGAGGAUGCUUCCGAUCCGGUUGAGUACCUAGUCUUCAUGGAUGCCCACAGGGUCUUCAAUAUCUUCGGGAACCUAGAGAAAGUGGGCAUCGUCACGGAGAGGUUCAGCAAGCAGAAAACGACGAAAAUUAAGUCACGGCUCCAUCAGGACACCUUGUGGCCGCUUCGGAUGCUAUUGACGUUCUUCAAGGUGAUCGGCCUUGCGACCUUCUCUCAUUACGUCGCCACCGGGAAGAAGAGAAGCCCGCAGAUGUCCUGCACGUUUCAGUACUCCGAGCUAGGCAUCGUUUACAACGCCGUAUUGGUCAGCCUGAUGAUCGCCUCAAACUACCUGUCGAUACCAUACAGGAUCAACAUGGAGUAUCCCAACAAGACGAACAUGACCAUGGGCAUCGAGGUUUUUCAGACUUUCCUCGGCAGCACGACGAUCUGCGCGAUCUUGCUGAGCUACUGCUUCGGAGAAAGGUCCCUGGUGCGAAUCGCCAAUCGCCUGUCGGACGUCAAAUGCGAGCUGGACCGUCUGUACCGUCUGUACCCUUCGCUGCGACGACAGCGCGUCUUCCGUGUCCUGGCGGUCGUCUGUACCCUGCAGGGUAGUCUGGCGAUGGCUCUCCUGGUCUGCGAGUACCUCGCCUUCUACACGAGCCCGAUCGCUUGGCUGAGUGACAUCCUGCCAACGUUUCACGUGGGAUGGUUCAUGAUCCAAUACUUCCUGCUGGUCACCGUCAUCCAGGCGGACUUAGCCGACGUGAAUCAAGCGAUACAGAGUCUCUCGAGGGUCGACACGCCGAAUUCCCAGCCGCAGUCCCUAUAUCAGACCAGACGUGUCGUCAUUAGCAACGCCAGCGUUCAUCAGCUGCUGCAACUGCGGGACGUGCACUAUAACCUCUGCGAGGUCUGCCAGGACGUGUCGAACUUCUACUCGACGCCGAUAGUCUUCGGUAUCUUCUUCAUGUUCUUCUCACUCGUGUACAACGGCUACUAUCUGCUGUCACCGUUAUUGUUGAGCGACGAGGUCUUGGAAUACAUCAUUUUGGCCGAUACUAUCAUCUGGUUGAUAUUUUUGACAUAUCCCAUCAUGCUACUCACCACCAGGAUCACCAGGAUCUUGUAUGAGAUGGGGAAGACGGGCAAUGCGAUACAUAAACUCUUGAGUUGCACGAUCGGCAACGUGGUGAAGUCAGAGCUCAAGCAAUUUUCGCUUCAACUGCUACACCGCAAGAUACACUUCACGGCUAGCGGAUACUUUUCGCUCGACAACACUCUUUUCCAUUCGAUGAUGAGUGCGGUGACAACGUAUCUGGUGAUACUUGUGCAAUUUCAGAUGGGAAGUUUGUCGACUCCGCUUUGCAAUUGUACCCAGGAAAACUUGCCAAAUACGGACGAAUAAUGACAUAAAGAUUAAUAAAGAGAACGAUAAGGAGUAGAACAUCGUGAAUGAUUUUCACAUUUGGAUCUUACGGGAGAAGAUCUGGAAAUGUUCCUCAUCGAUUUUUAAGAGCUUGGGAUGUAUUGUAAAGCAACCAUACACAAGAGAGACAUGUUUCUUUAGAGGUGUUUUCGCGCUUGUAAAUGAUAAAAAUGUAUAUAUUUAUAUCAAAUUAAAUUAAAAUAAAUUUAAUAAAUAAAAUUUAACAGGAUGUAACUUUGACGAAAUUAAUGACA